UUUUCUGUUGACUUCCUCAGUUUUGUUCCCAAAAUUCCGCUUCUGUACAUACUUUUAUUUGUAUAUACACUUAUGCAUAUACACAGAGACAGAUCAUUCUUUAUAUUAAAAAAAAAAAAAAGUAAAAAUCUUAUUUUCUACUCUCAGGUCACAAAAAAAAAAAUAUUUUUCUUUAUGAAAAUUUAUGCUGCUAUAUUUGAGAACACUAUGUACCUGUAAGAAAACUAAUCCUUUAGGUGUCCUGUUAAGCUUACUGAACUCAGUUCAGACAGUCUGAAGAACCAGCUAACUGUGAACUGACUUACACAAAUGGUUGUCAUGGGACUGCCUUCUUUUUCCACAGUGGCAAAGGGAGUAUAGCAUGAGCCACGCACUUCAUGUGGGUUGGCUGCUUUUGAAACCUUAGCUAGCAUAUUCUCUGUUUAUACAGGAAUGGAUUAAAAAAAAAAAAAAUUCAAAUAGUCUUCAGUUACCCACUAUAUUUCUCGCGAUCUAUGCAGAGUUGUUCUCUGGGUAGUCUCCAGCAUGUUGUCAUGUUUGAAUACCUUCUUUGGUAUUUCACUCUACUUCCCUCCUCAUUAGAAAUAAGAAAAAUAAUAUAAAGAUAAGGUAAUGAUUUGUUUGUUCCUUUUCCUCAAUACAGGAAAGUAUGACCAGUAAUCUGAUCCAGUAUGCAAAGACUGAUACGUGAGUCAACUUGUCUUACCUAAGAACUCUGGACUCUUUUCUUGUGGGUGCAUAGCAACAAGUGCUUUUGUUAUUUGUUUUACUGUACGUCAUUUUUCUUAUCACAGUCUGUAGCUUUAUCCACAUAUAUCACCUUAAAUUGGCUGCAUGUCAUGGAAUGCUAACAAUACAGCAAAGACUGUACACAGCAGCUCUGUCUGAAAUACUAUUACUAACACUGGCUUAUUUCUUCAAGACCUAUCAAAUAGAUUUAUCAUGGCUAAGCUUUUCAAAAAUGAAAAAAAAACUCAAGCUCAUAUUCAGGCACAGAAAAGGCACUGUUUCAAAAGCUCUUAGGACUUUCAAGCUUUCAAGAAGUCCCUGCACUGUGCUUAUUUAUCAAACCACUUUUCUAAAAACCCAAGUAGUUGCUUACGUAGAGAUUUAGGAUAUUCAGUUGAAGUAGGCAUAUCUGGGAAUCUUGGUUUAUGUGUCCAAGGAUCACUGAAAGUAGACUGGGCUUUGAGAGACAUUUGGGCUUCUUUGGUAAAAUAAAUUUCUAUCAAAAGCAAUUAGUUUAAGGUUUGUAAAAUCCUCAUUGUAAUUACAAUAUUCAGUAUGUUAUACUCAAUGUAUUCUGAUUUUAGAACCCCUAGAAAAUAUGCUUAUUAGAUGAGAAAUUUUAUGCCAUAGAGUGGACUUCUCUGAAAUUGAGAUAGUUUUAUAACUCUGCUUCUCCCUCCCAUGCAGUUCCUGUGUCUCACCUCUUUUGUCACCGUGAAGCUGCUGCUUACCUUGGCUUAUUCACUCAAUGUUUUUUUUUUUUUUUUUACUAUACCAAAUUCUAUGAAAUCCCUUUGAGAUCCUUUUUAGACUUCCCUUUGUUUUCCUCCCUGGAGGGCAGGUAAUGUAUCAGAGCCAGCUCAAUGUUUAACUAAUGUCUCACAGAGCGGGAGAAAAAAGGGAAGGGAGAGUACGUCACGCAGGAGGAGGGUCGCAGAGAAAAAUGAGCUUGCCUGAACUCCUCACGUGCAGAGAGACAGACUGCUAGGGAUCAGGUUCUUCUCAGCGGGGGCUCAUCUCUCCUGCCGGCUGGCUGUGAUGCAGGAGGCAGCUGGAGUCUUGAAGGAGGGCUUCCUCGUCAAACGGGGACAUAUCGUUCAUAACUGGAAAGUAAGAUGGUUCGUUCUGCUUCAGGAUAAGCUCCUGUACUAUAAACUUGAAGGAGGCAAGAAGGAAUCUUCUCCAAAGGGCAGGAUCCUCUUGGAUGGCUGCACUAUUACUUGUCCAUGCUUGGAAUAUGAGAACAGACCGCUACUCAUCAAACUAAGGACAAAAACCAACACAGACUAUUUCCUUGAAUGUUGCUCUAGAGAGGAGCGAGAUUCUUGGGCUUUGGACAUCACUGGAGCCAUUCAUGCUGGUCACCCAGUGCAGGUGCAAGAGCUUCACAGAAUGAAGAACUCUUUCAAACUGCUGGAGAAUAUCAGCCUCCACCACAUAGUGGAUAAAAUGCGUGACAGCAGUACUGGAAUUAAGCUGACUCGCAACUUGGAGCAAGGCAACAGAUACAAAGAGACCUUCACAGGCUCUGCCCUGGUGGACUGGCUCAUCUCCAACAGCUUUGCUGUGUCGCGGUUUGAGGCUGUCACCUUGGCUUCCAUGUUGAUGGAGGAGAACUUCACCAAGCCCGUGGGAGCCCGCAGCAUAGAGGCCAUGCGCUACAGCGACCUCUCUGAGCAGUUCCUCGACGACUCCACCGCGCUGUACAUGUUUGCUGAGAGCAGUAAGAAAAUGCUCAGCACCAAGGAAGAGCUACAAUUUAACAUCUCAGAAUUAAGUGGCAUGAUUGUGAAGCAAGGAUUCUUAGUGAAACAGGGACACAAGAGGAAAAACUGGAAGGUGAGGAAAUUUGUUCUGAGAGCUGAUCCUGCUUUCUUGCACUACUAUGACCCCACUAAGGAAGAAAACAAGCCAGUAGGUGGAUUCUCUCUUCGUGGCUGUCUUGUCUCAGCUCUGGAGGACAAUGGAGUCCCAGCAGGAGUGAAGGGCAAUGUACAAGGCAACCUUUUCAAAAUCAUCACCAAAAAUGACAUUCAUUAUUAUAUCCAGGCCAGCUCCAAGGCAGAGCGAACACAAUGGAUUGAGGCAAUCAAACCACUGACAUGAGUAAGGUGGACUCAAUAGCAAAAGAAAAGUCACACUUGUGACCAAGUUUCCUGCUCCCUUUGUCUGGCCUUUUUUUUUUUUUUUUUUUUUUUACUUUGGCAUUUUAUUUUUGUUAUUUGUAUUUCCAUAACACCUAGCAAAUUCCUGACAGACCAGAAUUCUAGGUGCUUAGGAGUCAUACAGAUAUGGAAUAAUUCUCCACCAGGAAUUUACCAUCCAACAAAGAGACAAAGGACAAUAGGUGGAUACAGACAAAUGAUGUUUUACAAGGAAACAAUGAGAUAUACUAUUCCAAGGUGGAAGAAAAAAGAAUCUCUUGUACAAGUAUUCAGUGUAUAUCUGACAGAUCCAGGUUGUGCUUUAUUCCAAAGCAGAAAUUUCUUGCUCCUUUCCCCUUUAUAAAGGGGCUCAUAAACUUAAUUAUUUUACAUGGAUUGAAUCAAGGUGUGUGAAUAACGUCACAGUCUGAAAGGUCCUGGUGUCUGAGACUGUGUGAUACACUGUGAAAGAAUUUUGUGCUAAGUCACAAUUACAUGCCGCGAUAAUUGCUACUGGGAAACAGACUGGGAGUCUCUGUCUAUCCAUCUGCUCUACCAUUUGGCUCUCUGUUAUGCCAGAAAAGACCAAAGGAUUCUCAUCUCCGGUACAUCCAUUAUUCUUGUGCUGUUAAUAACCCAUGGUAUGACAUGAUCCUGAGUAUCAGAUCAGUGGCAGUUAUUCCAAACAAUGGCUGGUGCUGACUGUAGCGGAAAAAAUCACUCAGCCCUAAAAGCAAGACUUCCUCAUGUUUAUCACCAUGAAUCCAUUUAUGUGGAGCACCAUGUGGACUGAGAACUCUAAUAGCAAUUCUCAUUAUUGCCUUUUUUUUUUUUUUUUUUACUUUAAGCCAUUACAUUUUCAAUUAUUUGUCUAGCAAGCUUGACUCUGAUAUCAUUAAACAUAUAUU